GAACAUUAUUUGAGGAGUGGUGUGUACAUGGAUGAUACCAGUGAACGUAUUCAUCAAGUCAAUACAAGCAGAGAGGACUAGUUAAAUGAAGGUUGUGGGUCAAAGACAAGUCGGCAGUCAUAACAAAAGUGAUUGGAAAUUAUUCAUGCUUUAGGGAAAAGAGUUUCAAAAAAGGGUUACAAAAACAUGAAAAAGGGGAAAAAAGAACAGGAAGAAGAAGAUGGUGGUGAUGAAAAAGAUGAUGAGAGCGACGAAACUUCUGACACUGAUGACGAAGAAGAAGAGGAAGAGAGCGAAAGGGAAACUAAACCGAAAAGGGUGACACAGAGAAGCCCGAAUGAUGCUGGCCGAGCAGCAGACCAUACAAGGGGCAGUAAUAAAAGUACACGAUCAAACAUUUCGAAGUCGGAGCAGACGAGAGAAAAACACAAGAAGACAAAGGAAAUAAAGACUGCUGAUAGAGACCGGAAUACACAAGGUGACAACACAAAAUCUGACAAAAAAGAUACUGAUGGCGAAGAAGAAGAGGAGGAGGAAAGCGAAAACGAAACACUUUGGGAACAGAGGAAAGCAGGUCUUAAAAGGAAAACAACAACAACCAUGACUUCUAAAAAAAGAAGAAGAAAAAAACAGGAAGAGGAAAGUGAUGAAGAUAAAGAAGAAAGUGAUAAAAGCGAUGGAACUGCCGGUACUGAUGAUGAAGCAGAAGAGGAGGAGGAGAGCGAAAAGGAAAUACAUAAAGAGAAAACUAAAACGAAAAAGGUGACACAGAGAAGCCCGAAUGAUGCUGGUCGAGAAGCAAACACUACAAGGGGCAGUACUACAAGUAAACGAUCACGCAAUUCGAAGUCGGAGAAGACGAGAGGAAAGAAUGAGAAGACAAAGGCAAUAAAGACAAGUUCCCAUCACAGGAGAUUUCUCAGUGUACCAAAAGAGAGAAAAUCUUACAAAAAAGAUGCUGAUGACGAAGAAGACGAGGCGGAGGACAGCGAAAACGAAAAACAAAACACCAAUCGGAAAAGGGCGACACAAGCACAGAGGAAAGGAGGCCCAAAAACGAAAAAACAACACAUACAAAGAAAAGAAGAAACAGAACAGGAAAAGGAAGAUGAUGGAGAUGAAGAAAGCAGUAAUGAAAUCGAUGGAACUACUGGUACUGAUGAUGAAGCAGAAGAGGAGGAGGAGAGCGAAAAGGAAAUACAUAAAGAGAAAACUAAAACGAAAAAGGUGACACAGAGAAGCCCGAAUGAUGCUGGUCGAGAAGCAAACACUACAAGGGGCAGUACUACAAGUAAACGAUCACGCAAUUCGAAGUCGGAGAAGACGAGAGGAAAGAAUGAGAAGACAAAGGCAAUAAAGACAAGUUCCCAUCACAGGAGAUUUCUCAGUGUACCAAAAGAGAGAAAAUCUUACAAAAAAGAUGCUGAUGACGAAGAAGACGAGGCGGAGGACAGCGAAAACGAAAAACAAAACACCAAUCGGAAAAGGGCGACACAAGCACAGAGGAAAGGAGGCCCAAAAACGAAAAAACAACACAUACAAAGAAAAGAAGAAACAGAACAGGAAAAGGAAGAUGAUGGAGAUGAAGAAAGCAGUAAUGAAAUCGAUGGAACUACUGGUACUGAUGAUGAAGCAGAAGAGGAGGAGGAGAGCGAAAAGGAAAUACAUAAAGAGAAAACUAAAACGAAAAAGGUGACACAGAGAAGCCCGAAUGAUGCUGGUCGAGAAGCAAACACUACAAGGGGCAGUACUACAAGUAAACGAUCACGCAAUUCGAAGUCGGAGAAGACGAGAGGAAAGAAUGAGAAGACAAAGGCAAUAAAGACAAGUUCCCAUCACAGGAGAUUUCUCAGUGUACCAAAAGAGAGAAAAUCUUACAAAAAAGAUGCUGAUGACGAAGAAGACGAGGCGGAGGACAGCGAAAACGAAAAACAAAACACCAAUCGGAAAAGGGCGACACAAGCACAGAGGAAAGGAGGCCCAAAAAUGAAAAAACAACACAUACAAAGAAAAGAAGAAACAGAACAGGAAAAGGAAGAUGAUGGAGAUGAAGAAAGCAGUAAUGAAAUCGAUGGAACUACUGGUACUGAUGAUGAAGCAGAAGAGGAGGAGGAGAGCGAAAAGGAAAUACAUAAAGAGAAAACUAAAACGAAAAAGGUGCAACAGAGAAGCCCGAAUGAUGCUGGUCGAGAAGCAAACACUACAAGGGGCAGUACUACAAGUAAACGAUCACGCAAUUCGAAGUCGGAGAAGACGAGAGAAAAGAAUGAGAAGACAAAGGCAAUAAAGACAAGUUCCCAUCACAGGAGAUUUCUCAGUGUACCAAAAGAGAGAAAAUCUUACAAAAAAGAUGCUGAUGACGAAGAAGACGAGGCGGAGGACAGCGAAAACGAAAAACAAAACACCAAUCGGAAAAGGGCGACACAAGCACAGAGGAAAGGAGGCCCAAAAAUGAAAAAACAACACAUACAAAGAAAAGAAGAAACAGAACAGGAAAAGGAAGAUGAUGGAGAUGAAGAAAGCAGUAAUGAAAUCGAUGGAACUACUGGUACUGAUGAUGAAGCAGAAGAGGAGGAGGAGAGCGAAAAGGAAAUACAUAAAGAGAAAACUAAAACGAAAAAGGUGCAACAGAGAAGCCCGAAUGAUGCUGGUCGAGAAGCAAACACUACAAGGGGCAGUAGUACAAGAAAAAGAUCACGCAAUUCGAAGUCGGAGAAGACGAGAGAAAAGAAUGAGAAGACAAAGGCAAGUUCAGUUCGAGCUAGGCGAUAA